GCGGCUGUUUAUUUUGAUUCAGGUGUUCCGUAAAGGCCGCGUGCAGAACAGUGGCACAUUUUUGUGCACUUCACUAUGAAGUUUGAGUGUAUAUGUGCUCUGAUGAGAAUAAAAAAUCAAUUUUGAUAUUAUAUUUGAAAAUACAAAAAAGGUGUUUACUUGGUAACUAAUCUUUAUUCAGAUUUACCUAUUUUUUACUAGACGUAAGCGUAACUCAUGGAUUCAGCUGUUGACGAGUCUCCGUUCACUGUUAUUAUCAAAGGAGGCUUAUCUCCCUUGAUACAAGUGGAAUUGGAGCCUGUGGGUGUGUGGUAUCACCAGUAUGAGCACAACAGACGUCAUGGCCACAGUCAAGAAGACAAAGUGACGGAGUCUGACAACAGUGACGACAGCAAGGAACGAGAGAACAAAGAGAUUGUCAUUCAAGAUGAUAUCACAUUCUUAAGAUCCUUGGAUCCCUGUAAAUGGAAGGAUCAAGACCACUACAGAGUAUUGGGACUGCACGAGUAUCGAUACAAAGCCUCGGACGAAGAUAUAAAAAAAGCACAUCGCUUGAUGGUGCUGAAGCAUCACCCUGACAAGCGGAGAGGAGCUGGUGAGGAUGUCAGAGAUGGUGAUGACUACUUCACCAACAUCACUAAAGCUUAUGAAAUCCUUGGUGACCCUAUCAAGAGACGCUCGUAUGACAGCAUUGAUCCUGAGUUUGAUAACAAAGUGCCUUCAGACAAACCUAUCAACAAGGAAAAGUUCUUUGAGGUGUUUGGUCCUGUGUUUGAGCGCAACUCUCGCUGGUCACAACGCAAGCAUGUGCCUCAACUUGGCACUCCCCAAGACUCCAAAGAGAAGGUGGACGAUUUCUACGAUUUUUGGUACAACUUUGACUCAUGGCGGGAGUUUUCAUACCUGGACGAAGAAGAUAAAGAGAAGGGUGAGGAUCGGGACGAGCGACGCUGGAUUGAGAAGCAGAACAAGGCUGAGCGCGCCGUGCGCCGCAAGGAGGAGAACACGCGCAUCAGGAAGCUCGUCGACAACGCCUACAAGCUCGACCCCCGAGUUAUCCAGUUCCGCGAGGCUGAGCGGGAGAAGAAGCUGUCAGUGAAGAGAGCAAAACAAGAAGCCGCUCGUCACAGAGAAGAGCAGGAAUUACAAGAAAGAAUACGUCUGGAAGAGGAAGAGCGGCUCAGAAAAGCCAAGGAAGAAGCCGAACUGAAAGAACGCCUCGCACGGGAGAAGAAAGAAAGAGAACAAAUGAAGAAACAACUGCGUGUGGAGAGGAAGACCAUGCGUGAUAUGUGCAAAGAAGCCGACUACUUCAUUGUUGAAGAAAAAGACCGAGUCCAGGUGAGACAUUUGUUGCUUGAUGUGCUAUCUUGUGUCCAGAUGUGCUGGUGGGACGUUGUAGCCAAGUACUUGUGUCAACACGGCCCCAACAAAGAGCCUCGGUCUUCCAAAGACGUCCUGCAGAAAGCCAAAGAGUUGCAGAACAGCGAUGCCUCUGCGCUCAAAGAGGCAACUCUCAAGAGUGCUACGGGACAGCUUGUUGGCUGUGACAAGAAAGUUGAAAAGCUCGAGAAGAUGGAUGGAUCCUCAGUCUCUGCCCAGGCUUCUGAGCGCUUAGAAACGCCCGCAGAGAUGCUGGGCGUUAAUUUAUCUCCAUGGUCGUCGGAGGAGCAGGCUCGACUCGAGCAAGCUCUGAAGACGUAUGCAGCAAACACCCCAGAGCGCUGGGACCGCAUCGCUGAAGCCAUUCCAGGGCGCAGCAAAAAGGACUGCAUGCGGCGGUAUAAGGAGUUGGUAGAGAUGGUGAAGGCUAAGAAGGCAGCGCUGCAGGCGGCUGGCGUGAAGAAAUGAUGCUGACUUAUAUAUACUAGGCGGUUUUUAUUCAGUGUAUAUAGUUAGCCCUGUAGUUCAGGUGCAGCAUAAGCUGAGCAGGUGACACUAGUUUCGUGACUGUUUUAAUGGCAGGACAUUUUAGCGGAUUAUUAUUACUUGAUUCUAACUUAUCUGAAGGAAGUUCCCGUUGAUCAUCAUGGGAUGACAUCAAUUUGUUUCUUAAAGUUCGGCGAAAGAAGCUCAAGUAGUAAUAAUAAACCUUAAUAUCUAAACAAUUUUAUUUUGACAGCCAUACAUCAUGGUAAGACCAUAGCUUGCUAGCGAGUUCAGCUCCUUGUGAUAUCAAGGGUCAGUUUGUCACAAGUCGCUGGCCGAACAACGCAUGCCCGUAUUUAUUCUUAUUGAAGUUACUACGAAAUUAAAUAAUUGAGCUUUUCUGAAGUCUGCUCUGUAGCGAUUGUCUGUGACGGUUCUUAUUUCCGACUUUGAGUCGUUAACGUUUUAUGUAUCGUGUUUCCCUUUAAAGCGGGAAGACAAUAAAUCAUACUGAUUCUUUGAGAACGCAUUUGUUAACAAACAUGUCAGGGUGUUGAUUUUGGUCAAGAGUUAGCCUUGGUAAUAUAUAUCAUGUUGUUCGCUUCGAGUGAAUUAUUUCGUCGCCUCAACAACUGAGCCCUUCUUUAUCAAUAGAAGAAUAAUUCUGAAAUAAUGACGUGUUGUCGUGUGUAUAGUACAUUUUCUACUAGGAGAGCUACGGAUCUGACUGUGGCAAAACAAUCCGCUUAAAGUGACGUAGUAAAUAACAAAGCUUUUGUGCUUUUGGUCUCAUCAAGCCACAUUGUUACACACUUAUUCUGAAGGAACGCUCGUCGGAAUGUGUGAAGUCGACAUCACAAUGCAUCAUAUCCCCUCAACUGCUCCACGCCAGCAUGAGAGUGGAACCCAAACUCGACGUGUUGCCCAAUGAAACGUGCCACAAUAAGCCUCUUAUACAUACCACAGAUGUUGUCAUCAUAGAUAUAUAUGAUCACGCCAAAA